CGCUCGCCGUUGUCCCGCCCACGCCGCGCUCCGCGUUUGGCCCUCGCCGCGCCCCGUAGUGACGCCACUGCUGUGUCCCUCGUCGGCCGCCGUCGGGGCGACACUUCCGGAGCGGGCAGCGGCAGGAUGGGUCAGAGUCAGAGUGGCGGACAUGGCCCUGGCGGUGGCAAGAAGGAUGACAAGGAUAAGAAGAAGAAAUAUGAACCUCCGGUUCCAACCAGAGUGGGGAAAAAGAAGAAGAAAACAAAGGGACCAGAUGCUGCCAGCAAACUGCCCCUGGUGACUCCUCACACACAGUGCAGACUCAAAUUGUUGAAAUUGGAGAGAAUUAAAGAUUACCUCUUAAUGGAGGAAGAAUUUAUCAGAAAUCAAGAGCAGAUGAAACCUUUGGAAGAAAAACAAGAGGAAGAAAGGUCCAAGGUGGAUGAUCUGCGGGGAACCCCAAUGUCUGUGGGUACCUUGGAGGAGAUCAUUGAUGACAACCACGCUAUCGUGUCCACAUCAGUAGGCUCAGAACACUACGUCAGUAUUCUGUCUUUUGUGGACAAGGACCUGCUAGAGCCAGGCUGCUCUGUUUUGCUAAAUCAUAAGGUUCAUGCUGUGAUAGGUGUCCUGAUGGAUGACACAGACCCGUUAGUUACUGUGAUGAAAGUUGAGAAAGCUCCUCAAGAAACAUACGCUGACAUCGGUGGCCUUGACAACCAGAUUCAAGAAAUCAAGGAGUCUGUGGAGCUUCCUCUCACGCAUCCUGAAUACUAUGAAGAGAUGGGUAUAAAGCCACCCAAAGGAGUCAUUCUGUAUGGCCCACCUGGCACAGGUAAAACUUUACUAGCCAAAGCAGUGGCAAACCAAACUUCAGCAACCUUCCUGAGAGUGGUUGGCUCAGAACUUAUACAGAAAUACCUGGGUGACGGUCCAAAGCUCGUGCGUGAACUGUUCCGUGUGGCUGAGGAGCACGCGCCAUCCAUUGUCUUCAUUGAUGAGAUCGAUGCCAUCGGUACAAAGAGGUAUGACUCAAAUUCAGGUGGCGAGAGGGAAAUCCAGCGUACGAUGCUGGAGCUGCUGAACCAGCUGGAUGGGUUUGACUCGCGAGGGGAUGUUAAAGUUAUCAUGGCAACAAACAGAAUAGAAACACUGGACCCAGCUUUAAUUAGGCCAGGACGCAUUGACAGGAAAAUAGAGUUCCCUCUGCCUGAUGAAAAGACCAAGAAACGAAUCUUUCAGAUUCACACGAGUAGGAUGACGUUGGCAGAUGAUGUGACUUUGGAUGAGCUGAUUAUGGCAAAAGAUGAUCUCAGUGGUGCGGAUAUUAAGGCAAUUUGUACAGAAGCUGGAUUGAUGGCUCUGAGGGAACGGCGAAUGAAAGUCACUAAUGAAGACUUCAAAAAGUCUAAAGAGAAUGUUCUUUAUAAGAAGCAGGAGGGAACGCCUGAGGGAUUGUACCUUUAAGUCAUCCAUCUCUUGGGGAAUGAUCAGGAACGCUGUGUUACAGUCUUGUGUACGACCACAGUCUAGCUCAUUUUUCUUCUUGCAGAGUUUAAAUCCUAGCGGACUGUGGGUUUUCAGUCAGUGUAACACUUCAUUUCCAAAUAAAACAUGCAUUUGAAUGGAA